CACUGAGAACAAAGAAGAAGAAGAAAAACACCUUAUACCUAUUUUCCCCUGUUUUAAUUUGUUUCUCUAAAACUUUUUUAAUUUCUUUGUUUCCACCGUUCUGUUAAGCCAAACUUUGACGCAAAUUCUGAUUAGUGAACGGUGAAUGUUGAGGAUCUUCUACCUUUUGAACAUUGAAUAAGGUGUGUUUGAGGAGGAUUUGGCAGAAUUUGUCAGAAUCACAUUGCUAAUUUUCUCCUGAAGGUUUCGUUCCUUCAUUUGUGAUAUUUAAAGAUACAUUUCUCCGGAAAAAAAAUCGCCGAAUUUUGAAACUGGACUCUCUGCUAGAUUGUGCAUGAGUUUGUACUUGUGGCCAUGUUUGCAGAUCGAAGCUCUGCUCUGAAAUGUCGUUAUUAGUUGGAUUUUAGGAAUAGAUUUGCAUUUUUCGAAGCUUCAGAACUGAAAACAGCGAGCUUUUCUUGUGCGCCUUAGGGCUUGGGUUUGACGGAAUCGGAUUAGUUUAGGUAGCGAGGGGAGAUGGAUAAAGAGUCGCAUAUCCAUAACAACCAUGGCAAUAGCAACAACAACAUUGCUAGCGUUAGAGAAAGAGACAAAAGCGGAGGAGGGGAUGGUGGACCCGGGUCGUUGUUGCUGAGGGGUGGCACCGAUGGUAUGAGGCACUCAACGACGUCGGAUUUGGUGCUUCAGUGGGGUAACCGGAAGCGACUUAGGUGCAUGAAGGUGCAGGUCAAACACGACUCUUCUUCCAACCCGGUUCAGAGAACAACGGUUCGGGUGGAUCGGCGGGUGGUUAGAACCGAGAAAGAUUCUUCAAAUAGACCCUUACCCUUACCCUCUGUCGCUAAUAACAACAAUAAUAGUAGUCACCAAAAUAAUAGUUUUAAUCAGAGUAACGGGUAUCUGAAUCUCCGUCAACGGCCCCCUUCCCCGCAGCAACUUCCUCCGCGUAUUCUCAGGAAUUCGGAGAAUUCAAGUGCUAUGAGAGGAGGCCAAAGCAACGGGAGUGUUAGGGGAAUUGCAUCACCGGACAGGGGUGCGCACGAUAAGAGAGGGACCCAUAACAACCACCUUAAUGACAAUAAUAACAAGUCUGUGGUCUCAUCAGACACCGCGCACGAUAGCAAGAAGGGUGGUGGUGGGUCGCCGUCCGGCAGUGGGGAUGCUGCUCCGCCGAUGUGGCUGCCAAAGUUCGUGAUUGCCUUGACCAACAAGGAGAAGGAAGAAGAUUUUCUGCUCUUGAAGGGUUCUAAGCUUCCCCAGAGACCCAAGAAGAGAGUCAAAUUCGUACAGCGCACCCUCAAUCUCGUGAGUCCUGGUACAUGGCUGUGCGAUCUUACUCUUGAUCGAUAUGAAGUUAGGGAGAAGAAGAUAACCAAAAAGAGACCAAGAGGGUUGAAAGCAAUGAGCAACAUGGACUCCGACUCUGAAUAGAAGCAAGGCAACCAGUAAAGUUGUUUUCUGUAGUCUUAAGCAUGGCAAUGAGAAAUGUUGAGAUAUUGUAAAGCAUGGCAUCGCAUUCCUGCAAAUACAAAUUAGUUUCGCUUUCACCCUUAUUUCUCAUCCUUUUCUUUUUGGUCUAACCUCAUUUUCUCACCUUUGUGAAUUGUGAGGCUGCGCAUGGUUUGGAUUUCUGAAAAAAUCGAACCAAACCACUAUAAAACUUAGUUGACUGAGCUCUUUUUUAUAAAACGGUUUGGUUUGAUUUUUUUUUUUUCUUUCUCAAAAGUAUUUGAUUUGAUUUAAUUUGGUUAUUCAUUUCACAGUUAUAUGUAGUUUUAUUUUUUCUAAGAACCAAAUCAAAUUAAACCAAACCUCUUUAGGUUUGAUUUUGUAAUUGAUUUUCAUUCGGUUCAUUGUUUUUCAGACGCCUGGCCUUUUUCAUUUUGGUCCAAGAUUUUCUCACCAAUGUUAAUUUUUGUUCUGAGAAGCAUCUCCCCGCAAAUUAUGACAGGAGUCCCAUCUUCAGCUGAAGGAUGACUUCAAGCUAUGGCAUAUGGCCCAUGGGUGUCGAUUUUCCGCCUUAUUGGCGGACCCAUGGACGGACAGAGACUAAAAAAAAUCUACCAUAGUAAAAAAACCUCAAGAAAUAUAACUUUAACGAAAGGAAAAAAAAAUAAAAAUAAAAUCUGUGGUCCAUUGUUUCAUUUAAUAU